CGGCUGGCAGUCGCGCGAGGCACGCUCGGGUUGCGGUCUUGGUGGCUGCGGCGGCGCUCGUGGAUCAUGUCGUGGCUUUUCGGCCUCAACAAAGGCCCCAAGGGCGAAGGCGCGGGGCCGCCGCUGCCUUUGCCGCCCGCGCAGCCCGGGGCCGAGGGCGGCGGGGACCGCGGCGCGGGAGACCGGCCGGCCCCCAAGGACAAAUGGAGCAACUUCGACCCGACGGGCCUGGAGCGCGCGGCCAAGGCGGCGCGCGAGCUGGAGCACUCGCGCCACGCAAAGGAUGCACUGAGUCUUGCGCAGAUGCAGGAGCAGACGCUGCAGAUGGAGCAACAAGCCAAGCUCAAAGAAUACGAGGCCGCUGUGGAGCAGCUGAAGAGUGAGCAGAUCCGAGUGCAGGCUGAGGAAAGAAGGAAGACCUUGAGCGAGGAGACGCGGCAGCACCAGGCUAGGGCCCAGUACCAGGACAAGCUGGCCCGGCAGCGCUACGAGGAUCAGCUGAAGCAGCAGCAAUUUAUCAAUGAGGAGAAUCUGCGGAAGCAGGAGGAAUCUGUGCAGAAGCAGGAGGCCAUGCGGAGAGCCACCGUGGAGCGGGAGAUGGAGCUGCGACAUAAGAAUGAGAUGCUGCGGGUUGAGGCUGAGGCACGUGCCCGGGCCAAGGCCGAGCGGGAAAACGCGGACAUUAUCCGUGAGCAGAUCCGCCUGAAGGCUGCUGAGAACCGCCAGACCAUCCUGGAGUCCAUCAGGACAGCUGGUGCCCUGUUUGGGGAAGGAUUCCGUGCCUUUGUGACAGACUGGGACAAGGUGACAGCCACAGUGGCUGGACUGACACUGCUGGCCGUUGGGGUCUAUUCCGCCAAGAAUGCCACGGCUGUCGCUGGCCGUCAUAUCGAGGCCCGAUUGGGGAAGCCGUCGUUGGUGCGGGAGACAUCCCGCAUCACGGUCCUGGAGGCAUUGAGACACCCCAUCCAGGUCAGCAGGCGGCUUCUCAGCAGGCCCCAGGAUGCCUUGGAGGGCGUCGUCCUCAGUCCCAGCCUGGAGGCACGGGUGCGCGACAUCGCGAUAGCCACGAGGAACACCAAGAAGAAUAAGAGCCUGUACCGGAACAUUCUGAUGUAUGGGCCACCGGGCACCGGCAAGACACUGUUUGCCAAGAAACUCGCCCUGCACUCGGGCAUGGACUACGCCAUCAUGACAGGUGGGGACGUAGCCCCCAUGGGGCGGGAAGGCGUGACUGCCAUGCACAAGGUCUUCGACUGGGCCAACACCAGCCGGCGAGGCCUCCUGCUCUUUGUAGAUGAAGCCGAUGCCUUCCUCAGGAAGCGAGCGACCGAGAAGAUCAGUGAGGACCUCAGGGCCACCCUGAACGCCUUCUUGCACAGGACCGGCCAGCACAGCAGCAAGUUUAUGCUAGUCCUGGCCAGCAACCAGCCCGAGCAGUUCGACUGGGCCAUCAACGACCGCAUCGACGAGAUGGUCAGCUUCGACCUGCCGCGGCAGGAGGAGCGGGAGCGCCUGGUGAGAAUGUAUUUUGACAAGUAUGUCCUUAAGCCGGCCACAGAAGGAAAGCAGCGCUUGAAGCUGGCCCAGUUUGACUACGGGAAGAAGUGCUCGGAGAUUGCUCAGCUGACAGAGGGCAUGUCGGGCCGGGAGAUCUCCCAGCUUGCCGUGGCGUGGCAGGCCAUGGCGUACGCAUCCGAGGACGGUGUCCUCACCGAGGCCAUGGUGGACGCCCGCGUGCAGGAUGCCAUCGAGCAGCACCAGCAGAAGAUGCGCUGGCUGACGGCACAGGGACCCAGGCCCGGGGGAGGCCAGCCCCCGUCUCCCUGAGGCUGCAGCCAGACUGGGCAGGGUCUGGACGCCUUGGACACACCGGCCAGGUGGCCUUUCUGGAAGGAAGCGCCGGCCACCACGUUCCCUCUUCCCUCUCCCCUUUAGCAUUUUUAAAUAUCUCUUUGACCGGGGCCAGGGUGCAGCUGUGGGCAUCUGUGUGGUGGGUUCAGCUCCUCUGACCCCCAGAAUACCCUUCCCACUGUGGGCACUGGCUGGGGAGGGAUAGGCCCGCUUCCUGCCUCACAGGAGGCUCUUCGGGGAUUUCCAAGCCCAGCUCAGAGGGCAGGUGCUGCUGAGCUGUAGCUGUGACCAGCAGUAUCAGGGCCUAGUCCUUGUUCUCAGCUCCCGUGGGGAGAGCCAGGCUUGGGGUGGUGCUGGAGGGACCAGGCUGAGAGGGAGGCAGCCCUGAGCUGCCCAGCCUUUGGCCAAAGUGCUGCUGCCUGCUGUGGCCCGCAGGUCCUCACCCUGUACAUGUUUGUGACUGUGAUAGACCCUGGGGUGGGGAGGGGGCUACAUCUAAGGCUGGACAACCCCAGUGGCCAGUGGCAUCCAGGACUUUAUGGCUGCCCCAGCCAAGAGGAUUCACCCGCUCCGCCCAUGAUUGGAGCUGGGGUCUUUUUAUCCAGAACCAAAUAAAAACU